GGGCAACUGCUGAACUCUCCAGAAGCGUUUAUGUUCCCGGUGGUACUUCAACAGGAGGGUGACGAGGCAAGGCCGGCCGCUGUCUAUGCUCACUGUUGGCUGGGGCCCGCUUGGCAUUAUUCUGAGCGCUAGUUGCCGUCGUUGACAUUGUUAAGCACUGAAAAAACUGGAGGCUGGCACCGAAGGGAGGUGUGCUUGAAACGAAUUUCCUUUCCUGAAGAAGAAACGUUUGGGAGGAGGGGACCUGGAAAAUGACAGGAGCGAAGAGAAAAAAGAAUAGUGUGGUAUGGAGGAAGAUAAACUCCUUCCAUUGUGCAGACAUUAAACAGUGGUGUCUAAGGCGACUGCCAAUUCUGGAAUGGGCACCAUGCUACAACCUGAAGGAAAAUUUGAUUCCGGACACAGUGUCGGGGAUAAUGCUGGCAGUCCAGCAGGUGACACAAGGGUUGGCCUUUGCUAUUCUCUCUUCUGUCCACCCGGUGUUUGGUUUAUAUGGCUCUCUGUUUCCAGCCAUUAUUUAUGCCAUCUUUGGAAUGGGGCGCCAUGUUGCAACAGGGACCUUUGCUUUGACAUCAUUAAUAUCUGCCAAUGCUGUCGAGCGUCUAGUUCCUCAGGCCAGCCAGAACUUCACCACAUACAGCAACUCAGGUGUGCUGGGCUUAUCUGAUUUUGAGAUGCAGAGGAUUGGAGUUGCUGCAGCUGUUUCAUUCUUGGGAGGAAUCAUUCAGAUCGCCAUGUUUGUGCUGCAGCUGGGCAGUGCCACUUUCUUGCUAACAGAGCCUGUGAUCAGUGCAAUGACAACUGGAGCUGCCACCCACGUUGUGACCUCACAAGUCAAAUAUCUCCUUGGAAUGAAAAUGCCUUAUAUCUCAGGACCAUUGGGAUUCUUUUAUAUCUAUGCCUAUGUCUUUGAAAACAUCAAGUCGGUUCAAUUAGAAGCUCUGCUGUUGUCCUUGCUCAGCAUCGUGGUGCUUGUUCUUGUUAAAGAGCUCAAUGAACAGUUUAAAAGGAAAAUUAAAGUUGUCCUUCCUGUCGAUUUAGUUCUGAUUAUUGCUGCAUCAUUUGCUUGCUAUUGUGCCAACAUGGAAUAUACCUACGGAUUGGAUGUUGUGGGACAUAUUCCAGAUGGAAUUCCUUCACCCAGGGCACCCCCAAUGAAUAUUCUUUCAGAAGUUGUCACUGAAGCAUUUGGGGUUGCACUAGUUGGCUAUGUAGCCUCAUUAGCCCUUGCCCAAGGUUCUGCCAAAAAGUUCAAAUAUUCAGUUGAUGACAACCAGGAGUUUUUGGCUCAUGGCCUCAGCAAUGUCAUUCCUUCCUUUUUCUUUUGUAUACCGAGUGCUGCAGCAAUGGGGAGAACAGCAGGCCUCUAUAGCACUGGAUCAAAGACACAGGUGGCUUGCCUAAUAUCUUGUAUUUUGGUCCUGAUCGUCAUCUAUGCAGUAGGACCAUUGCUUUACUGGUUGCCCAUGUGUGUUCUUGCAAGUGUCAUUGUUGUGGGACUGAAAGGGAUGCUAAUACAGUUCCGGGAUUUAAAAAAAUAUUGGAAUGUGGACAAAAUAGAUUGGGGCAUAUGGGUCAGCACCUACAUAUUUACAAUAUGUUUUGCGGCUAAUGUGGGGCUGCUCUUUGGUGUUGUCUGCACCAUAGCUGUUGUGAUUGUGCGUUUCCCAAGAGCCAAGACACUGAGUCUGAAAAAUAUGAAAGAAUUGGAAUAUAAAGUGAAGACAGAAGUUGAGGGUGAAAAUUUACAGCAGGUUAAAUUUAUCUCAAUAAACAAUCCACUUGUUUUCCUGAAUGCGAAGAAGUUUCAUGCUGAUUUAAUGAAUACAAUCCAGAAGGAUAAUGCCAAUAACCAGCCACCUGAUGAUAUCAACAAGUGUGAACAAAACAUGUUGCUUAAUUUGACAUCCAAUGGUACCUGCAAUGGGGAAACACCACAGCCAUAUCCUAAUGAAAAAUGUUCUGUGAUCCUGGAUUGCACUGGAUUGACCUUCUUUGACUAUACUGGAGUGUCUACGCUUGUUCAGGCUUACACGGAUUGCAAAAGUCAAAAUGUCGACUUCUUAUUAGCAAAUUGCACGGCUUCCUUGAAAAAAGCAGUGCAAUAUUGUGGCCACCUAGAGUCAGAUAAACACAUUUUCUUUGAAUCAGUAUCUGCCGCAAUUGGUGCCAUCCAUUUAAAUAAGAAUUUGAGCAAAUGCAGUGACCACAGUGAAGUCUGAUCCCAGUGUGUUACAGCUCAUCUCUUCUCUCUGAUAGCUCCCCAGGAUCAACCAAGUCACGGCAUUUUUACAUGACAUUUUGUUGUUGUUGUUACUGGACUCCUGCAGGCAACACAUUUUAUACCAAAUGUAAUAAACAGAUUCAGUAACAGAGUGGCUACUGGUCUGUAUUUACCAAAAAGUUGUUUUUUUAUCUCUGUUCUCCUAAUGCUGAAGACACCCAUAGGGUUGACCUGUAGCAAUAUUUUCAUAGAGAAUUUAUAUGUAUGUUAAGUACAGCAUUUUCAGGGACUAAACCUGAAAUCGUGGCCUGUUGCUUUCAUUUUGUAUAUUGUUUUAAUUCUGUUUUAUUAAAAUGUAAUUUGCAAAGUACAGGUACAUGUUUCUCUUGGAAUAACACAUUAGGAACCCUUUCCCAUUCCCUGUAAAACUACAGGAAGCUUUAUAGAUCAUAAGUAACAGUUUCAAAUAAGUGCCUCCCCCCCCCCAAAAAGAACAAAACCAUUUGACAGCAGCAAAUAUGUAAAAUCAACCUGUGUUAUCUGUAUAGUUAACUAGAAGGGCAGCUAGGUGGUGCAAUGGAUAGAGCAACUGGGCCUGGAAUCAGAAAGACUCAUCUUCAUGAGUUCAAAUCCAGCCUCAGAUGCUUACUAGCUGUGUGACCCUGGGCAAGUCACUUAACUAUAACCCUGUUUGCCUCAGUUCCUCAUCCGUAAAAUGAGCUGGAGAAGGAAAUGGCAAACCACUCCUGUAUCGCUGCCAAGAAAACCCCAAAUGGGGUCAUGAGGAGUCAGACAUGACUGAAAUGACUCAACAACAACAUAGUUAACCAAAGCUUGUAUCUAUUGAUGUAGAACAUAGAUUUUUAGUGUUGGAAGGAACCAGAGGACCUGAGGUCACUGUUCACCUCUGCUGCUUUACUAAACCUGUGUGACCUUGAACAACUCAUGGAACCUCUCUGAGCCUCAGUUUCUUCGUCUGUAAAAUGAGGGGGUCAGGAUAAAUGAUCUCUGAGGUUCCUUCCAGCUCCGUAUCUAUGAUCCUAGAAGCAUGAAUGCUCCCUCCAACUGUGAAAGCCACUGAAAUUUAAUGAGAGCAAAGAAUGAAUAACCAAUCAAGGGAAACCUCCUCAGCACUGCCUCCCACCACACCCUCACCCCAUAUCUAGUACGGUUUGGAUACUUUGAGCCCUUGAGAAAUUUAUGUAGUUAUGUAAAGGCAUGUAAUACCAUGGGAUCAAGUUCAUGGCCUAGGUGACUUCAUUUUAUUGUGGGCAUUAAAGAGAUACCCAGGAUCUUCAGCCUUGAAAGUUACGGUUGGGGCCAUAUUAUUGUAUAAUAUGAUAACUUCUGACUUUAUAUAAUACUUUUCAGUUUGCAAAGUAUUGCACAUGCAUGCUCUCAUUUGAGCCUCACAGUUAUCCUGAGUAUAGGUAAUACUAACUCCAUUUUACAGAUGAGGAAACUGAGGCUCAGAAGAGCGAAGUGCCUUGGCCAUGAUCACACUGCUAGUAUGUGUCAGGAGUAGGACUCAAACCCAGGUCUUCCUGAUUGAAAAUCCAGCUUUCCCUCUACUAUGCCACAUUGCCUGGAUUUAGUUUGGUCAGUACCAAAGAAGGUGGACAUUUCAUGUCUGAUCUUUUCGCACUGAUAAGGCCUCUGGAAGCAAGAAUACUACCAUCAGAUUAUAUUUGUGUAUUGGAUGGCCCUUAAACAUAAUCUAUGUGGAGUUUGAUAGAUAAAGAAAUUGAAACCCACAGAGCUGAUGUGACUUUUCAGAGAUCACAUAACCACUUAGCUGUAUAUUAAUUGUUUCUUCUUUCAUUUCAAGGAUAUCUGUAAGUCCUACAAAUAUGAGAGUUUGUGGCAAAUGUCCCCUUAGGGAACUUUUCUAUUUCCCAAGGGUAGUCAACAUCACAGUAUUUUUUUUUCUUUUUGUUCAAUGAGAACUUGGUAUUAUGAUGCCUUGCAAAUCCACAGACCUGAAAGAAUAAUGGGCAAAUAGCUAUCCUAAGCUAAACUGAGCUACAUAAAUUAUUUGUAUUUUGAAUAUACUCACACAUAUGUAUGUAUAUAGAGCCUCACAUUUCUGAAUAUCAUAUUGGUUUAUGUAAGAAGCAUAUUCAUUUAGAAAGGUAGCAGGUAUAGAAACAGUUACAAUUGAAAACUUUUGGGGAUCCAACCUUUUUAGAAAGAAUCUAGUGGCUUAGCAUAUUUCCAAUAAUUUUAAGUAAGAUAAUGAAGGAGCAGCUUGUGGAUAAGAGUAAAAGAGUGCGUGUUUAGACACGAGCAUCAUAAAGUAAGCUUUGUUUCAAAUCUGGCCUCAGAUACUUGAUGUAUAUGUACUAGCUGUGUGACUUUGGGCAAGUCACUUAACUCCAAUUGCCCUGCCAAAAAAAUAAAUAAAGUAAGCUUUGUAAGCUUCUCCAAAAGUAAAUUCAAGUUCCCGCCGUCUGAUUCAUCAGAACUUAUCUGCAAAUGAUUUGAUGCCCAUUCAGAUGGCACUGUAUUUUAGUAUUACCAAGCUAAGUGUUCAAGGGAAAGAUAAUAACAGACAUGAGCUUUUUACUAUAUUAUCCAGGAAAUAGUCCUGUGGAUAAUGUAAGGAUGAGAUGGAAGCAUAAAUUUGUAUAUAUUUCCAGAAAUGAAAAUUCACUUUGUCCUAGAUGACCUAAAUUUUUGAAUUUCUAGUUUGGUAUGAAAAGGAUGAAGCCAACCAAGAUCCUUCAUCCUAUAAAGCUCCAUUGAAAGCUGAAGUCUUUGGAAAUAUAAUUUGUUUGCUUUAAGGGAAGAAGCUUAACUUCCACUUUUCCUAUUGAAUUGUUCAACAUAUGUUUAUUGAUUGACUGUUCCAAUUGAGGGAAUGUGAUAGAAAUGAAGGAAGAGGAUACUGCUGGAAUGGAUUCAUCAAUGAAGAUACAGAAAGGUCACUGGCGAGUCUCUUUAACUUGUAAACUAAUGUUUUCCGACUUAGGUGACUAUGUCUUCUAAUGAAUGCAUAAUCAUAUUGAAAGUAUUAUCUGGUAGAAUAGUGAUUGUACAUCAGAGAACCCACCAAAAUCGUCAGUUGGCAUCUAAGUUGAUUUGUUCUGUUUAUUAAAUAUGAUCAAGUGUUGACAGAGCAAUUGUAUUUGAGUGUCUUCCAUCUUUGCAGAAGAAAGUAAAGAUAUUAAAAAAAAUAAACUAAGCCAGGGUCCCAGAUCCUUUAUUAAUUAUAUUUGAAGUAGAAGCAGGCCAAAGUGAGUGGGCUCGUUUAGCAAUCUUUAGCAACAGAGAAGCAAAUCCUUUUCCUGGUGUAUUGCUUCUCCAUCCCAUUGGGUCUUAAUGAAGUGAACAGGACUUUGACAUAUUGAAGGAGAAAUAACACUUCAGUAGAACUGAGUCCUGAGAGGCAGACAGCUCUGCUUUAAUCUUAGGCACAGAGCUGACCCAUUUAAUAUUGACUAUGCAUCUUGCAUUGGCAUCAUUUCAACUGUGAUUUUGUCCUAAUUCUGUAAUGGCUACAUAUCCACAGAAUUUUCCUUUUGAGAUGACCUUACUUUUUUCCCCUCUCUCCUUCCCCCAAUGACAUACUACUUUCUUAUCAAACAUUACAGGGAAGCAAAAUCAGAAGAAAAAAAUUAAAAUUGACCUAUAAGAGUAUUAAGGACCUAAUGUGGUGACACUUACAAAUUAAGCAUAAAAUAUGUAAUAAGAAGACUGUUAACAUUACACUUAUGCAAAUUAAAUGUCUUUAAUUUUCAUCAUUUGUCUUCUGUUUUAAAGGUUAUUUGCCCCUUGAUUGUAGGAUACAAGUGUAGUGAGGUCUGGCUUGAGCUACUUUGAAGUAAUUUAUUUGACAGAUCUCCUAUCUAAAAAUAUGUAACGUAAUGAGGAAAGGGAUCUUCCUUGUUUAAUGAAAACAUUAAUGUGUCAAUAGCCUAUAUGGGUAAUGUUUGACAUUUAGUGGUUACUAAGAAAAUUAACAAGUUGGUGAACAUACAUAUGCUUGGGAAGUGUGCAUUCUGUGUUCAGGUGGAAUGAUGAUCUCAUUCUGUACAGAAUAUGCUUUCUUGGCAGUGAGUGUGGGUGCCAGAUUUCAAAUAGGGAGUUAAGUGGUGCUUUUGCAAUCCAAAGGAUUCGUAAUUAAAAUCAUAUAGUCUAAUAAUACUCUGCAUCUUUUGGGGGAUUUUUAUAAUACGUUUAAUUUUUUGUGUAAUUCUUUGUACUAACGCAAUGUGUAACACCCAGUUUACUUGGAAAUAAAUUGAAAUAUAAUAUCUGU